AUGUGUUACACAUACUUCUUGGUGUCAAGGUCUAACUACAGCCGGGCGUGUAGCGGAACCACAGCCCCCACGGUCAAUCUACAUGCGGACACGGACAAAUACCCACUCAGAGACACCGGGACCCCAGAUUGGCCAACUCCUGCCGGGCACCUUGUGCAGACUUGCACCCUGUUAAAGAGUUACACAUGCACAAUUAAGAUCGGCGAUCCGAGCAGGGCGAAGAGAAAACCGGCCGCUCGCCUGGUUUCACAGGAUCUGGCUAAAGCUCGCUACAGCCCGACGUGUGUGCUGCCGGUAGGCAGCACGGCCAUCAGAGUUGUCAAUAGGCGGGACCGGCUUUGGACGCCCAGUCACAGCCUUCGGGCUCGCCUGUCCUCUUGCAACCCGGCCGGCAAGCACACGCACACAUGUGCACAAGCUGCUCGUCUCGUCGCCUUGGUUGCUGGAUCUAUCCCAAGAGGGCCUGUAAUGCACCCGAGCUUCCGCCUCGCCGCCUCUGCCUCGUCUCGAUUGGAAGAAACGAGUGUGUUGAAAGCGGAGGCGGCCGAGACGCACGCCUGGUGCUUUGUGUGCGCUUGUCUCGUGCAGCCGGCCAGCCGACCAGCCAGCCCGACGAAUGGGCAAAAUGUGCAGGCUCAAAGUGCCGCCCUCAUCUCGGCUCUGGCGUCUGCAUGCCUGAGUGUCUACCUGCCUGCCUGCCUGCCUGCUCGGGCUGCUGUGUGCAGACGCGUGUGCGCGGGUUCAACUGCCGGGCAAACGGGCGGCUCGUUCGAUAGGCAGGACACGGCCUACUGGCCUACUGGCUGCACACACACCCAGAAGCACACUCAGACGCAGACGCAGGCGCAGACGCACACGUGUCUGCACACACACGCACGAUUAGCCCGCAAGGCGCACAAUCUCACCCUCGGGACGACUACUGGCAGUGAGUGUGAGCAGUGUUCCGGAAGACCGGCUCCCAGUUGCGUUCACUUCCGCGGCUGCGCUGGGAAAUUGAACUUUCGCCACCGUCCGCCUCUCUUUCUUCCUAAAAGUGUUCUAGUUUCGGAUCUACUCGUGCCUACGCCCCAGCCAAGUGCCGGCCCGUGA